AUGAUGCAUGUCAACGAACGCCAGGGAAGACUGCAAGCCCGUCUCCAAUGUCAUAUGGCUCAGAAAUCAGGCCGAAAAUAUCUCGCAUGGUGCUACAAGGGUCAAACACAUGCUUCAACUUGUCAUGACAUGCUGUGCGAGCUGGGCAUCCCUGGCCCAGGUUGCGGAUAUGUCUCAUCAAAAAACGAAUGGCGAUUAUUCGUAACCGCGCUGGACUUGGAACAUCAAAGAUGUCCGUGGAAAAUAGUCCCUGGUGGCAUUUCCUUGUUUACCAUCCUUUGGCAUGCCAUCCAUCCAUCUGCCUUGCUCUAG